GCGCGAUAUUAUAUAUUCGGUUUCGGACGUAGUGGCUUGCAAAAGAAUCCGAUGGAACGCACAGCGCCAAACGCGAAGGAAAAAGAAAAAUUGCCACUGGUCUCGCAGUUCGUAGCUACUUUUCGCGAGAACUUCUGGAUAAGCAUCCCGGCUAGCGGGCGUGACGGUGAUGAUGUGUAGCGGUGGUUGGUCCCUCGUAACUAGAUAGUGCGUGAGAAGUGUCGCCCUACUGCCCCGAUGUUCUGUUCUGAAGCUCAAGCUCCGGCGCCACUGUCCAAGUGGGUGCUGCGGAGUUUUCUAGGAUUUGCGAGGAAAAUCUUGGAAAAUCUCGACUCCACCGAUGAAGAAAGGCUGUUGUAAGCUAUGGCCUCAAAAAAUUGCCGCACACCUGCAGAGCUGUUUUUGUCUUUCACAAGGAUUGGUAGCUGGUGUAAGGUCUUUGGCACUAUGAAAACAUCCAAAGCCUCUAUCAACCGCGUUGCGGCAGUAUAUUCCUCGAGGGAAAGUAGAGCUGCGACCCCCUUUCAGCGCGACAGCGUUGCAAAAGAAAUCUCGUCUCUUCACCAAUAAAGAAGCAAAAGCCAAGGCACACAGGGCCAGCUAAGCUCUAUCUCCAACGCACUACACAGCAGUAAAAAAGAAAGAUAGUGCUAGGAAGUUCCAAAAGGAGCUCGACGGGCCUUUAAAUAUCAACUUGGACCUCGAGGAUGAUGCCGCAGGAGAUGAAAACAUCAAGCAAAUUAUCCUGAGGAAAAACAUCCCCGCACCAGAGUCAAGACGGGGACUUUGCAACACAAACGAGCCUGGGGCUUUUGGGGGUCACGCAUCACAAGUUGCAGUCCGUAGUGUAGUGCAGGUUCGCAAGGUCAGCUGCAUCAGAAUCCUUCUGCUCAUCCUGUUUACAGCAUUACAAAUUCCACAACACGAGUAACAAUGCCUCUCCUGGCGAUGCGCAUUACAAAUGUUCCUGUCAUUGCAAAUCUGCAUGACAGCUCUGGUGUUUGCGCAGACUCUCAAGUAUGUCCAUGUGUGUUUCUGUGAGCUGAUUUGCUUUGGCAAUCCACAAUGCACAACACGAGCCAAAAAGUGGCACAAUGGGGGAGGGGGGUAAAGUGUGUCGCGUUUUGUUUAGCAUGACAACUCUGGCGUGGGGACGUUUUUACUCAGGAUAAAAAUGGCCAGCGCAUGGAGGAGCAGUGCUGGCGACGAGCAGGAAGAGGGCAUCCAUAGCCUUGGGGCGGUGAGUCAUAGUGGAGACGAAGCGCGUAAGCGGGUG